AUGAGUUCUUCUGAUGUGAAGUUGCCCGUUCGAUACGAAGAUCCUGAAUACCAGCAAAACCACAGUAGCUUGUUUCUGGGGAAGCUGCUCAAACCUCUGGAAAAUGUCCUUCCUCCCGGAGUGAGCCAGCAAGCUUUCAAUUCAGCCAUUGAAGAGUUUCAAAAGGUUGUCGGCAAAGAAUAUGUCUUUACAGGUGCCUCCCUUGAGGAAUACGUCGAUCCUUACGAGUUGUGGGAGAAUGAAGGUAAACGGCGGAUGCCCAGUGGUGCCGUAUGCCCCGCCUCGGAAGAGCAGCUGCGAGGUAUCCUCAGCGUUGCAAACAAAUAUGGAAUACCAGUGUGGACCUUUUCGCGCGGCAAGAAUCUAGGUUAUGGUGGCCCUGCUCCGAGACUGAACGGCUCAGUUGCCUUGGAUUUGCAUCGUAUGAACAAGAUCAUCGAGGUCGACGACAAGUUCUCUUAUGCGGUUGUCGAGCCGGGAGUCACAUUCACCGACCUGUACCAAUACUGUGCCAAACACAAGCUCAAAGUUUGGCCCAGUGUUCCGUCGUUGGGUUGGGGAAGUGUAGUCGGGAAUACGGUGGAUCGUGGAACAGGCUUCACACCAACAGCAACACACCACCAACACAUCUGUGGACUCGAGGUCAUGCUUGCUGACGGAGACGUUGUCCGAACGGGCCAAUUUGCAAUUUCGAAUUCGCCAUCGUCCCACUUGUCAAAGUUCACGUUCGGUCCAUCGAUAGAAGGUCUUUUCCUGCAGAGUAAUCUUGCCAUCGUCACAAAGCUUGGUAUAUGGCUCCAUCCGCAACCGCAGGCAUACAUGUCGUGCUCUUUUGAUAUGCCAAACUUUGAAGAUGUCGUAACCAUUGUCGAAAUCUUUGGAGCGUUACGACGAGACGGAUUACUGCCGAACACCGUCUAUGUUUCCAACAUCGUUGAGUGGCUUGGUAUGACCGGGAAGCGAGCCGAACUGUGGCCCAAAGAGGGACCAAUCCCGGAAUGGAGAUUGAAGGAGCUUCAGAAGCAGCUUGGUUUUGGAUACUGGAAUGUCAAGUUUGGUCUAUACGGAGCGAAAGAAGUCGUCCAGGCGCAUUUCAACGAGCUCAAGAAGAUCAUCGGCAAGGCCGCCCCAGGAUCCGUGGACAGGCUCCAGGGACACAUUUUCUCAGGCGACAACGACGAGCUGCUCGAAGCGACCUCAAUCCCUGACCCUCAUGGAGGCUUCUUCGUUGGCGUGCCUAGUCUGUGGAGCUUACCAAUGGUCAAAUACCGCUUGCCUACGGACCGAGUCGGCAUCGGCGCUCACGCAGACUACUCGCCCAUCAUCCCAUCGGAUGGCAAGACAGUGCUAGAAUGGGUGACGGCAGCCAAGAAAGUCUGUGAAGCAGAAGGCUUCGACCUGUUCUGUGACUUCUUCAUGCACGAGCGCCAUGUUAUCUUUGUCAACAUGAUGGUUUUUGACAAGACGAACCCUGACCACAGGCGAUCGGUUGACACCAUCUUCCGGAAUCUUCUUCGGGAGGGCCGCAAGCGUGGCUUCAGCAACUAUCGCUCACACGUCAACUACAUGGAUCUUGUGGCCGACGCGUAUGACUUUAAUGACCACGCAUACCGGAGAUUCGUCGAGAAACUGAAGGAUAGCCUUGAUCCUCAGGGGAUUCUGUCACCGGGAAAACAGGGUAUCUGGCCUGCGAAGUACAGAAAUUUCCGUGGGAAAUUAUAG